CGUGCAUACAUGCUCAUUGCUCACCAAGGGCAAGGGAGGAGGAGAGGACACACAGCAGUAGCGGCGAAAUGGCGGCGAUGAUGAUGGAUAGUACCGCGGAGAAAGACCUCGCCGGCGACGGCGCUGCGGUGAGCGGGCACGGGCAGGACUUGGAGCGGUCUUGCCAUGACCAGGAGCCCGCCGCUGCAGAUGGUGCGAGCAGCAGAGGCCUAGCCAUCGGGCGUUUCGUACGGGAGCUGAUGGUGGAGGGCGUGGCGUCGUUCCUGCUGGUGUUCUGGUCCGCGGUGGCGGCGCUGAUGCAGGAGAUGCACGGCACGCUGACGUUCCCCAUGGUGUGCCUCGUCGUCGCGCUCACCGUCGUCUUCGUGCUCUGCUGGCUCGGCCCCGCGCACUUCAACCCCGCCGUCACCGUCACCUUCACCGUAUUCGGCUACCUCUCCUGGACCAAGCUGCCGUUCUACGUGGCGGCGCAGCUGGCAGGCUCGUUGCUCGCCUGCCUGUCAGCGAACGGCGUCAUGGAGCCGCGGGCGGAGCACUUCUACGGGACCGUCCCCAUGGCCGGCGGCGACACGAGGCUGCCGUUCCUGCUGGAGCUGGUCGCCUCCGCGCUGCUCAUGGUCGUCAUCGCCACCGCUGCCAGAGGCUCCGUACGUCUGUCCUUAUCAUCCUUUCUCUCAGUUAACUUGUUGCGUCCAUCGCGUCGCGUGCUCAUAAUGUUUUGGCUGAUGGCAAACGCAGAAUCAGACAGCAGGAGGGCUGGCCAUCGGCGCCGCCGUCGGCGCCCUGGGCCUCGUCAUCGGGUAAUAAAAAGAAGAAAAAAAUAUAUAAAAGACGAUAAACUUUCAGUUUGUUUGUUCACAGAUCAAAAGUGCAAGUGUCACACGUACACUGCCGCUGUAUUAACAAGUUAUUGUACGUACGAGUUGUGCAUCCGAUCCAUCCAGGCCGGUGUCCGGAGGCUCGAUGAACCCGAUCAGGACCCUGGGCCCGGCCAUCGUGCUCGGCAGGUACACCUCCGUCUGGAUCUAUCUCGUCGCGCCCGUCGCCGGGAUGCUCAUCGGCGCCCUCUGCAACCGCCUCGUCAGGCGCUCCGACGCCAUCAUCGCCUUCCUCUGCGGCGCCAAGCCCAGAGUGGUGGCGCCAGGCCAGAACCGCGCCGCGCGCCGUUGGAGCACUUGCGUCUCCGCGCUACUAGCAGGCUAGCCGUCGGGCGCCGCCAUCGUGGCCUGCUUGUUGUAACAGUUAUGAGUCAAACCACUCUUUUGUGAUACACGCUAACACGCCUACACCCAACGUUUCGAAUUAAAACUGGCUUUUUAGAUUACUGCAGUUAUAAUUUAUAUAGAUAAAAAUACUGUAGAAUUAAUAGAAGACAGUAUAUAUUAAAAUCAAACAAACAUGCCAUCAAUCUGACUCAAACUGAAGAAAAUACUACCAGUUUUUUGCUCCUGCAAUAGAACGUCGCGUAAUUAAUUUGGAUUAUGUU